GCGAAUUGUUUUACCCCACACAUCAUCAUUCAUCAGAGUCGCCGAUGGUCCGAGUUUUCGUCGCCGCCGGUGAAGAAGAGUUACGAAGAUGCUCAGAACUCAAACCCUAACAAAAACACUGAUUCUCUCUCGCUCUCGUGCGUCAUCUCUCUUUUCUACGUGGUACUCUCCAGAAACAAUCUUUCACGGACAACACUACGAAGACGAGGACCCUGUCCUCCUCAAGAUCUCAAUCGCCAUCAGAGAUUCUGACCAGAAUCCGUCAUUGAAGCCCUCUUCAUCUUCUUCUUCUGCCUUCGCCUCUAUCAAGAAGCUCCUCCCUUUGCUCAACGUUCGUCAUGUUAUCGAUCUCGUCGACCGUAACCCUCUCUCUCUACCGCCUCGUUCGGUCUUCUCUUUCUUCAGAUUUCUGUCUUCUCAGCCUGAUUUUCGGCUCACCAUUGAGACCUACUUCGCUAUGGCUCGUUUUCUUGCCGUCCACGAAAUGUUUGCGGAAGCGCAAUCACUUGUCGAGUUCGUGGUCUCGCGCAAAGGGAAAAGCUCGGCUUCGUCGGUUUUCAUUUCGUUGGCCGAAAUGAGACGUACCCAUAUGCUUGAUUUCCUUGUUGAUGUUUUGAUGAUCGCGUAUGUGAAUCUAGGGUUCUUAUCGGAUGCUAUCCAGUGUUUUAGGUUAGCUCGGAAGCAUAAAUUUGCAGUUCCGGUUCGUGGCUGUGGUAAUUUGCUUGAUCGUAUGAUGAAUUCGAAUCCGACUAGAAACGUUUGGGGAUUCUAUAUGGAGAUUUUGGAUUCUGGGUUUCCGCCAAAUGUGUACGUUUUCAACAUUUUGAUGAAUAAGUUCUGUAAAGAAGGCAAGAUCAGUGAUGCCCAGAUGGUGUUCGAUGAAAUGCCGAGUAGAAGAUUGCGGCCUACGGUGGUCAGUUUCAAUACUUUGAUUAAUGGAUACUGUAAGAGUGGUAACUUAGAUGAAGGGUUUAGGCUCAAACGAGUUAUGGAAGAGAACAGAAUACGGCCUGAUGUUUUCACGUAUAGUGUUUUAAUCAAUGGAUUGUGCAAAGACAACAGAAUGGAUGAUGCACAUCGGAUAUUUGACGAGAUGUGUGUGAGAGGAUUGACCCCGAAUGAUAUUACUUUCACUACUCUGAUUCACGGGCAGAGUAGGAACGGAAAGAUCGAUUUGAUGACAGAGAUUUAUCAGAAGAUGCUACUUAGGGGACUACAACCCGAUAUUGUUCUGUAUAAUACCCUCAUAAAUGGUUUUUGCAAGAAUGGUGAUGUGGUGACAGCAAGGAAGAUUGUUGAUGAAAUGAUUCAGAGGGGUUUGAGGCCAGACAAAGUUACGUACACAACACUCAUAGACGGAUAUUGCAAAGGAGGAGAUUUGGAAACAGCUUUGGAGAUAAGAAAGGAAAUGGAUCAGAAUGGGACUGAACUUGAUAGUAUGGCUUUUGCAGCUCUUAUUUCGGGAAUGUGCAGGGAAGAAAGAGUUAUAGAUGCAGAAAGAACACUGCGAGAGAUGUUGAGAAACGGUAAGAAACCAGAUGAUAUCACUUACACCAUGAUUAUGGAUGGAUUCUGUAAGAAAGGAGAUGUUAAGAUGGGUUUUAAGCUGCUCAAGGAAAUGCAGAGGGAUGGGCAUGUUCCUAGUGUUGUAACUUAUAACGUCCUGCUCAAUGGGCUCUGCAAGUUAGGACAGAUGAAAAACGCCGAUAUGUUGUUAGAUUCCAUGCUUAAUUUAGGGGUCGUUCCGGACGAUAUCACCUACAAUAUUCUCUUAGAAGGCCACUAUAGACACGUAAAUGCUGCCAACCUCGAUGAACUUAAGGGUGAGAGAGGGGUCGUAGCUGACUUAGCCUCUUACAAGUCACUAGUCAGUGAGCUGUAUAGAAGUAAGAAAGAUCGAGGAAACAGAUAAAAAGAUGUCAUCUUUGGGCGUUUUCUUUAAUGGGCAGAUUCUCCUGGUUGGGUUUCAUCAAAGUAUAGGAUCAUCUUGCCCGAUUCUUUUGAUGACAGGGUGUGAAUCUUCUUGGAUCAAUUGGAAGAGACAGACUCUGGCCUUGUGGAUCUUACACUCCUUUAAUCUAUGAAAUUUCUGUUAGGACAUUGUGCUGUCUGUGUAUACAUUGUUACUGUAGAUUAGAUCUGAAAACUCAGUAAGAUUGGAUUUGAGUUAGGUGAAGAGAACCAUCACAAAGCCCACAUAGCAUGUUGUGCCAUGUGCAACCAUUCAUUGCUUUUUCUCGAUUUGUAUUGCAGGACAGAUUUUAUGAUUGGGCAUAUAUGUUUCAUGUCAUCAAUGCACUUAAUGGGUCGACUCUCAAUAUCUCGUAUGUAAUAAAAAAAAAUAUCUCGCUUA